AUGAAACAGCCGGUAAUAAUUCAGGUAGAAAACAUUUACUAUCCGAUCCUUGCCAUCAUCGGCAUUCCUGCUAACGUGGUGGCAAUCGUCAUUCUCGCCCGAGGAAAGUGCGGUCUCUCCAAAUGUAUCACCCUUUACCUGGUAUAUAUGGCCGUGGGUGAUUUAAUGGUUCUGAUCUUCGAGGUAAUCCUCUACGAGAUUAAAGAUGGCUAUUUCCCCAAUUCAUUUCUGAACUUAACUCCUGUUUGUAGCGUCAACUUGACCAUGCUUUUUAUGUCCAUUGAUUGCUCUGUCUGGCUAACGGUAACUUUCACCUUCGAUCGAUUUGUUGCUAUUUGUUGUCCAAAGUUACGAGGAAGGUAUUGCACUGGGAAAACUGCGAGUUUGGUGAUAGCAGUGGUGUGUUCCCUAAGUGUUAUUGAAAAUAUCCCAAUGUAUUUUGUCUACGCACCACGAGAAAUCAUUAACAACGUGGCUUGGUCAUGUGGCGUAACCCCAGACUUCUACACCUCACCGUUACUGGUAGCAUUUUGGUCGUUCGAAACUAUUUUAACCCCAUUUAUACCAUUCCUACUGAUCAUGCUCCUCAACGCCCUGACAAUCAGACACAUUAUACACGCCAACAGAGUGAGGAGCGGUCUCCGAGCGAAGAAGAAGGAGGAGAGCAGCGCAGAUCAGGAGGUGGAUAAUAGAAGGAAGUCCAUCAUUCUAUUGCUGGCCGUAUCCGGCAGCUUCGUGCUACUGUGGAUGGUAAUAUUCGUGUGCUUCAUCAGUGUACGAUUUAUAGACGUGCAGCUUUUAGCAACAGAUUACGACGACCCAUUUACCGUGGCAGAACAAUCCGGAUACAUGCUGAGGUGUCUGAGUGCUUGCACCAACACGUUUAUUUACGCCGUGUCACAGACGAAAUUCAGGGAAGAAUUAAAAACCCUGUUUAGGGGUCCUUGCGGGUUCUUGUCUAAUUCACUAAAGCACUUUUAA